GGGCACGGCUUCUGGGACACCAGCAUGGGUGGCAUGCCGAAGCUCUUAGUCAAGAAUGCUGCUCAGUUCGUCUUCGUGAAGAAGGGAACGCAAUGGCAGAUCAAGGGCCUGACGAUCUCCGAGGAUGACCGCGGCGACGACUUCUUCUCUUACGACGAGUCGGCCUUCAUGAACGUCGUCUUCGAGAAGCCGCCAAAGAAGGGCGUGAGCAUCUUUGUGUGA